UGGGGGGGAGCCGAGGCGGCCACGCCCCCAUCUCAGCCUACAGCUGCUCGCCUCGGACUCGGACCCGGGCUGUCAGCGGCGAGGGGCUCGGCCUGGGGCAGGUAUAACAAUGGAUCUCGUCCUGAACUAUGUAGAUUACAACUUUUUUACACCAUAUGUGUAUCCAACCACAUGGCCAGAGGAUGAGCCCUUUCGACAGAUCAUCAGUCUCCUUAUUGUAACAAAUCUUGGUGCACUUGUGCUUUAUUUGCUGUUUGCAACUUUGAGCUACUACUUGGUUUUCGAUCACUCUCUGAAGCAACACCCCCAGUUUCUAGAGAAUCAGGUGCAGCUUGAGAUAAAAUAUGCUCUCCAGUCACUUCCCUGGAUCAGCAUCCCCACAGUUGCACUCUUCUUUGCAGAGGUCAGAGGUUACAGCAGGCUUUAUGACAACAUUGAAGACUCUCCAUAUGGAUGGUUUGGUGUAAUCCUUAGCAUGCUCUCCUUCCUUUUCUUCACCGACAUGUGCAUUUACUGGAUUCACAGGUUCCUCCAUCAUAAACUUGUGUACAAGCGUCUGCACAAGCCCCAUCACCGCUGGAAGGUUGCUACGCCAUUUGCAAGUCACGCCUUCCACCCUGUGGAUGGUUUCCUGCAGAGUAUUCCAUAUCACAUCUAUCCUUUCCUCUUUCCUUUGCACAAGGUGACCUACUUGGGUCUCUACAUCGCUGUCAAUGUCUGGACAAUCUCUAUUCAUGAUGGCGAUUACCGCGUGCCAGAUUUCUUGAAACACACUAUCAAUGGCUCUGCCCAUCACACUGAUCAUCAUUUAUAUUUUGAUUACAACUAUGGUCAGUAUUUCACACUCUGGGAUAAAAUUGGGGGCUCCUACAAAAGCCCCUCUUCCUUUGAAGGGAAAGGGCCACAUGAUUAUUUGAAAAAGCUAAAGAGCAGAGAAUUGGCCAGUUUUAAAAAUGACCAUGUGGAUGAAGAUUUGAUGAAUAGAGACAGUCUAAAGAAUAAAUAGAUCUCCUCAAGCUGAUUGUAAAAAGGCCCUGACUUUCCCUUUUACGUUUUUUAAAAGGAAAACCCUGCUUCUAAAGAGUCCUUCCCCAUUUAUAUCAUGCUUGGGAUGAAAGCAUUUUAGGUGCCUACUAAGGUGGUUAUGGUGGAGUUACAUAGUUAAGUACCACAAUACAGUCCCAUAAUGGGGACCAUUUAUGGUGAGGGUAAAAAGCAUAAGACCUAUUUAACGUCUAAUGUUGAUGCAACAUUGAAAAGAUUUUCUGCA